AUGGUGAGUGUGGGGGUAGGUACAAGAUCCGAUUGGGUGAGAAAACCCUGUCCUGGAUCUGAAACUUAUAUAGAGACAGAUGAGGCGGUCUUGCGAAGAAGGCAAAAGCAGAUAGAUUAUGGGAAAAAUACCAUUGGUUACCAGCACUUUGUCCAACAGGUUCCCAGGAUGGCUCGCCAGUCAGGUAUUCAUCCCUGUACUCCAAAUAAAUAUAAAAAGUACAGUCGUCGCUCGUGGGACAUGCAGAUUAAGCUUUGGCGAAGGGCACUUCAUGGUUGGGAUCCACCUGGACAUGAGAGGAAAGAGCUGGUGACCAAAAUGGAUCUUUUGCCUAAUCUCCCAAACGACUGGUUUGAUGCUCAGUGUAUUCAGGAAAAUAUCUGUGAAGAAGUCCUAGGAGAAAAGGUAUUGGGAUUUUGUUUAAUUAUAUUCUAUAUGGCCUUAUUUUGGAAUAGUUAAAUAACAAAAGGAUUUGACAAUGUGUGAACAAAAUCAUAACCUGCAUUUAAUGCUAAGCAGAGUUGAGCAUUCUCUAUCUUUAUGUGACAUAAGAUUCUAAGUAUGGGCUUAGUGUUAUGGACAUACACAAAACGUUCCUUUUUUAAAAUGACAUCUUCAGGCCAGUCACUAACUUAGACUACUUAUUUCAUAUUAUUGUUCUGCUCCUAUAGAUUUCUGGAUUGUCAUCUUCUGGCCAUUUAUAUCCGCAGCUUCAGGAUACACUCUCCAACACGGAACAUUUCAAGGAAGAUUCUGAAGACUGUCCACUUGACUCCUGGCUCUUGUUUUGUUCUCAUGGAAUCCCAACACAGUC